AUGGAAGUUUCUUUCACAUGGACGCUAGUCCAUCGUUGCGUCUAUACACACAUACAAGCGACUUCUGUUGUGUCCAGACUACUGUUUUUAGCGAUGCUCCGACCUCAUUUUGUUGGCAUGCUUGAUUGCUUCUCUCUUGACUGUGUCGCCAAGUGUCCGAUUUGCACGGAGACAGUGAUUCGGGGGCAUGUGAUCCAUCCUCCCGAAAGGCCUCUCCUCCAGUCCCAUUCAAACAAGCAGCCUCCGAGUCGCCUGAGUACGAUCGUCUCCGGCCAAGCCCGGUUCGCUUUGGUGGACAACCGAAAAGAGACAACUUGGGACACACGCUCUUGCUUGCUAAACAUCCUUCUUGCGUAA